GAAGUUUUCGCAUAGAAGAAGCUUGAAUCCGUUGAGGAUCCGGGUCCGGCUUCCCCGUUGAGCUCUACCUGCGGACCGGUUGUACUUUUGAUCGGGCACUGCAUGAUCCCGUCAGAACCCCACAUUCGUAUUUGAAGUACAUGAUCCGCAGAUCAGCCCCAGCGGUGACUGCGGGGAUGUCUGCGAGGCUUCCGUGGCGUAGACCACGAGGAGUGUCCGUGGGCUCCGAUGGACAUGCCGGUGGGGAUCAGACCCGACAUGAGGGGACAUCCGAUCUCAAGCACCCGAAACAUCUCAAGGGUCGCGAGAUCGGGCUUUGGUACGCGCAACGCGACAAAUCAGGGAACGAUCUCCACAGGCGAAAUCGCCAAAAAAGGGAAUUUGUGUACCUGAACUCAGUUUCGUUCGAUGACAGUCUCGCGAGACUUUUCGACCCUUGUUUGGGAUGUCUCGAGGCCGAGAUGCAGCAACGGAAGCAGGCUCCUGGAAGGCCAUCAUCGAGAUGGCUCGUUUGCGGAUCCCUAUCGAACGGACCGCGCAAACUACCAGUAGUACCGGACUACAUAAAAGCUUCGAGAGUGAAGCUCCCAGUCUUCAAGGCCCGAGCCGAAGUACUGCGAACAAUAAGCGAGAAUCAAGUGACGAUUAUAUCCGGCGAGACCGGGAGCGGCAAAACCACCCAAGUGCCUCAAUUCAUUCUGGAUCAAUUCCUCGAAGAUGAGACGCGGAAGAGCUGCUUCAUCGCUUGUACUCAACCUAGACGAAUUUCGGCCAUUUCUGUCGCUGAGCGGGUUGCUGAAGAGAGAGGUGAGCUCAUCGGCGAAAACAGCGUCGGAUACAAAAUCCGACUCGAGUCCAAGGAGCCUCGGGGGAGCUCCGGUAAAAUACUUUUCUGCACCACCGGGAUCAUUCUGCAAUUCCUGCAAUCGGACCCACUGCUCGGGAACAUAACUCACCUGAUCGUCGAUGAAGUCCACGAAAGGAGCAUCGACUCCGAUCUCCUGCUGGCUGUGCUUCGUCAAAAUAUUCUGCCUAAGCGUCCCGAUCUCAAAGUGAUUUGCAUGUCGGCAACAUUGGAUAGCUCCACAUUCGUUGGGUAUUUCGGGGAAGCUUGCCGAAGUGUUUCCGUGGACGGGAAACUGUUCCCGAUUCAGGAGCGAUUCUUAGAAGAAUUUCUCGAAACGCUGCCCUAUCAUCCUCCACCGUCGUAUUUGGACAAGAAAGCCCUCCGAGAGAGGACUGAGCGCGCGGAUCGUCUAAGAAAAUACGGAUAUAAGGAACCGCAAGUAUUCGCCCUGUCCAAAAUAAGCGCGGCAAAAGUGGACUGUUCUUUGGUGGUUGCUUGCGUUCAGCACAUAUGCGCAACCAAGGGUGAUGGUGCGAUCCUCGUGUUCAUGCCUGGUUGGGAGGGCAUAUCCGAGGUAUGCAGAAAACUAUCGGAAUGUCCAGCCAUUAAUCGAGGCAACCCCAUCAUCCUUCCUCUGCACUCUAUGCUCCCGACAGAAGAUCAGAGGCGGGUUUUCGACGUUCCUCCGGAAGGUGUGCGGAAAAUAAUCGUCUCCACGAUUAUAUCCGAGACCAGCGUUACCAUAGAAGACGUGGUGUUCGUCGUCGAUUCUGGCAAGACAAAAAUCAAGACCAUCGACGUUGGCAAAGACAAUCUUAACUGCCUUAGCGAGCAGUGGAUCUCGAAAGCAAAUGCGCGCCAGCGCCUCGGCCGAGCGGGCAGAGUCCGGGCAGGCGAAUGCUACAAACUGUACACGAAAAUGGAUUACGAGAACAUGGAACAGUACCAACAGCCAGAGAUGGUCCGUUCGUCUCUCGAAAAUCUCAUUCUCUACGUUAAGGAGCUGGAGCUGGGGGAGCCCGAAGAGUUCCUGCCACAGUGUAUAAGCCCACCCUCAAGCGAGGCAAUAGCAAACUCCAAGCAGUUUCUCAUUCAAUUAAAAGCUCUCGAUAAGCAUUCGAAAGUGACUGCGUUAGGUAAAUAUCUGGCAAGUCUACCGACAGAGCCUCGACUCGGAAAAAUGCUCUUACUCGGGAAGCUUUUCGGUUGCGAAGAUGCUGUGACGUCGAUCUGCGCCGCACUCGACUUCAAGGAACCCUUCGUGACACCCCUGGGCAAAAGACAGAACGUGGAUGCCGUCCGAUCCAAGUUCGCAGACGGUUCCCGAUCCGACCACGUGAUGGUCGCCAAUGCGAUCCAGUACGCCCUCGAUCGUGGAGAAGCACACUAUAGGGAUAAAUUCCUCUCCUUCCUGACCAUGAGAAUGCUCAAGAACUUACGCAAGCAGUACAAACAACACCUCAAGGAACAGAAGCUGUCGGGGGCGCAUCCGAACUUCAGCCUCGAGACACUGAGGGCUGUCAUAUGCGGAGGACUCUAUCCCGGCAUCGCAAUGGCGCGAUGCCCGGCCACGAAUUCAAAAUGCAGAUAUCCUACCGGUGGAUCUGUCCGGUUGGCCAGGACGCUCUUCUCAAAAUCUGAGAGCAGGAUCUGUUUCCAUUCGAAGAGUGUUUUAUCCAGAGAAACGGAAUCCAAUACUCUCUUUUUCGCUUACUUUCUCAAACAACGCGGCGACAACGGAGUAGCACUCUUCGAUGCCACGGCCGUGCAUCCCCUAUCGCUGCUGAUCUUCGCUGCUGAGUGCGAAUAUGACAUCGCGGACAAGCUUUUCACGGUUAACAACUGGAUGAGAAUACACAGUGAGCCGGAAGCUGCGCGACUCAUCAAGCGCUUACGAGCGGCUUUCGAUCAUGUACUGGAUUGCUUCCUCCGUCACAAGCACAGUGAUAUCCACCGGGACCUUAUCGACCUAUUGAAUCGCGCGUUCGACCAGGAGUGGUGUAAGGUCGUCCCGCUCCGACAGAAAGUCACCCCCCGGUCGGACUCAGAGCAGGAGGAGUUCUAUCGGACAUCCGACGAUGAUGAUGAUGAGGAUUGGUAAAGCCGAAGUUAAACUAUCCCAUUCUAUUUUGUUCUUGUUGAUUCUCGUCUUCGAUGAGACGCUCUAGCAUGCCGUAGAAUCUAUCGAUGAUAAUUAUUAUCAUCGAUCUCGGGUGCGGGUUGUGGGAGCGCUAUUUUGAGAAGCGCCGAUUUCGGUCUAGCCAAAAAUCUCUGGAAAUCCCGGUGAUGUCUCUACGGAGACUCGUAGCUCAUUUUGGAACGACUCGUGACUCUCCGACUUCAUCACGAAUACCUAUAAAUAUUCAUAUAAUAUAUUUAUAUCUAUGAGUUCGUUGGAAUCGUUCUUCGUUCGGUCAAAUAUCCAAGAUCGGAGUCCCCGCGAUGACCCUCGCUCAGGUUAGAUGGAGCAUAGAACACGUCUCGAUGAAUUUUGUACCGGGUAAUUUAUUAGAUAAGAA